AUGGGCGAAUCGGAGAACGAAGGAAGCACGUCAUCCGACUCCCGAUAUCCUAAACGCAACAUAACCUGGCACCCCUCCCUAACCCGCCACGAGCGCAACACGCUUCGCGGACAACGCGGUUUCACACUAUGGUUCACCGGGCUCUCCGCAUCCGGUAAAUCCACCGUCGCCGUCGCCCUCGAGCAACACCUACUCCACCUAAACCUAUCCGCCUACCGACUCGACGGCGACAACGUGCGUUUCGGGUUAAACAAAGACCUAGGUUUCAGCGACCGGGACCGAGAAGAAAAUAUCCGUCGCGUAGGCGAAGUCUCUAAACUAUUCGCUGAUUCCUCGGUUAUCGCUAUAACUUCCUUCAUCUCGCCUUUCCGCGCUGAUCGCCAGCUCGCGAGGGAUUUACAUGCUGCCGCUUCUCAGGGAGGAAACGGGGAUGAUGCGCUUCCGUUUGUGGAGGUGUAUGUUGAUGUCCCGCUUGAGGUAGCCGAGAAGAGGGAUCCGAAGGGCUUGUAUAAGAAAGCGCGCGCGGGUGAGAUUAAGGAGUUUACGGGUAUUAGUAGUCCGUAUGAAGCGCCUGAAAACCCGGAGAUUGUGAUUAAGACGCAUGAGAACUCGGUUGAGGAGUGUGUGGCGCAGAUCGUGAGGUGGCUGGAGGAGAGACAGUUGAUUCCUACGAAGACGACUACGGCGACGCCUGCUGAGGCUGCGGGGAGUGUUGGGACUGCGGCGCUGGCUUCGUAGGGAGGACUGGUGAAUGGUAGGUAGGUUGAGAAUGGGGCGUGAGUGGAAUGAAUUAUCAAAAGUACUUGAUCGGGUUAUUGCAUACUUGCUUGCGUGAUAGAAAAUGCCCAUCGAAAGAAAUGUACACUGAAACUCUUAUAUUGUUAUGUGACAAUCGGAACCCCUUUUUCUCAGAAAAGGAGGGAUGAUGCUAGCCAUGACAUAUGUCCGCCCACAAAAACGCCAACCUGAUGAAUUAAGCUGCUUUGCGUGCUGUCUAUAGAUCGAACUCGUAGUACACAUAUGCUGUGUACUCGUUUCCUUCUC